GGUGUCGCUCAUGUCGUUGUCGACCACGUUGAUACAUCUAAGACUUGAAAUUUUGGAGCCUCUGACAUGGAAGCGCAGCCGAGGCUUUCUCUGUCGUCGUCACCACGUUCUACUUGUGCCCUUCCACCUAUUCCUGCGCCUCGCAGGCCAUCAGCCAUUGAACUGUCGCCGCGCCGAUUUUCAUGUGGAAGUCCGUCCAUAUUGAAGACUCCUCUGCGUACGAGCGCUUCUUCACACGCGAACGACGAAGCACUUACCCCUCUAGUCUCGUCACCCCCGCUGAAUAUAACAACCAGCAGCGGUCCCAUAUGCCGGAUCUGCCACGAAGGAGACCAGAAUGCUCCGCUCAUUUCCUUGUGUCAUUGCGCUGGAACAGUAGGCCUGGUUCAUCUGGCUUGCAUCGAGCAUUGGUUAAGUGCCAGCAACACGGAUCGCUGCGAGCUUUGCCACGACCGGUACGUCACACAAAGACACCUGAGGCCUUUCAAGGACUGGGUUUUCAGGUCUGGUUACGUUAAGCGAAGCUUUCUCGGUGACAUUGCCUGUUUCGCGUUACUCACGCCUUUAGCUGGAAUCAGUGGUUUGCUGUGCUUACAUGGCGCUGUGCGCCAGUCAUCGCACCGUCGCCUGUGGGAAGCCAUAGGGCUCAUGCUGCUUGCCAUUCUUCUGUUUACAGUGUACACGGUAUGGUCAUUUCUAACAUUCAGAUUUCAUUAUACCAACUGGAAGCAAUGGCAGAGAGAGAAUCCGUGCAUUAGAAUUGUUUGUCCGACAAGGAAUGUAAUCACAGCCAUUGGGUUACAAGGCGAAGACUUCCCCCAUAAUAGACAAUCAACCUCUCAACGACCCUCUCAAGUUUGUCCAGCAACAGUAGGAGUUGGUUUGCUCAACAAUGACCAGAGCCGUAGUCAACAGGAGCACAAUGAACGUGAACUGAGCAACGGUGAUUAUGGUCUUGAAGCCGGGUUCAUUAUCAGCACUUGUCUGUAGAGCCAGCCUCUUGUUUGCUUGAUCUGUUCGCCUGGUGGUGCACUAUGUUCGCUAUAUGCAUAUUUCCCGAAAAGUUGUACUUCUCUGAUGCUUUUAUGCUUGAGCUCAUUCCCGCACGAAAUGCCAAGAGCUUGUUUGGUUUUUAUAUUUGCAUUUUUAGGUAACAUAAAACACUAUUUUACAGUGAAA